AUGCCAACCGAAUAAAAAAAGAAAAAGAAGAUAGAGACUAUCAGAGUAGACUUUAACAUAUUGGUAUUCAUUAGCACGACUUACAUCACAGCUUACUUUAUUCUGACAUGCUUUCUAACUCUGGUACUCUCAGGAGCAAGCACAUAUACUUAUCAAUGCAAUAAGCACAUAGUAGCAUGGUUUGAGAUCUCAGCUAUCUUCUAUCUGAUCUCUUUCAUAGCCUGCAUGGUGAUCUUUCUAUUCAUUCGUAGAGGAGGACUCUCAGGAGAGAACAUAAACAUGGGCAGAUGCGAACUGCUGUUUUUCGUGUAUAAACCAAACUGGCCAUAUAUACUACUUGGAAUGAUCGACUUGACUCACCUAGGCUUGACUAUAUGGGGCAGUAUAGAGUUCUUCACUGACUUAUAUUCUCUGAUACAGUGCUAUAUCGAGUUGCCUAUCCUGACUAACUUCAUGUUUAUAGUGGUUGUGAUCGGAUACCUUUAUACUGUAAGAAUGCUAGUAAUGGUGUUUCAUUUCAAAUUCGGAGUCAGGAUACUAAGGUAUAUGCGCAGAAACCUGAGGUACUUCAAGAAAUUUGAUAGAGAAUUAAAGGAGCAGUUCCCUAUUUAUAAGUUUGAAGAUUACAUGCAGCAGAUGAAUAACUAGGAUAGUGAUUAACCGCAUAGUGAUAAUGAAGAGAUUAGAAUUGAAAUUUAGAGUGUGUAGUCUGGUAUAAGUAAAGUCCCAAAGGAAGAUGAUGUAUGCCCGAUCUGCUGUGAUUAGUAUUAAAACGAGUAAGAGGUGGUAGUGAUGCCCUGCAACAUCAAGCACAUCUACCAUCCUCAGUGCAUUCAGGAAUGGCUUUUGAAAAACACUCAGUGUCCAUUAUGCAAGUAAACUGUAUUUCUAGGACUGGCUGUUCUUGAACAAGCUAGUUUAUAGUAACAACAAUAAUAAUAGUAAAGACUAUGA